GUGAUCGUGUGUCAGAAAGCCAGUCAGAAAGCCAGUCAUGCUCAAAGCAAAGCAGUCAGAACCCACUUAUAAUCAGAACAGAGACCAACACGAUCGCAUUUGACGACCAGCUCCCACCACCAUAUCAACAUGGAUUGCGGAAUUAUUACAUCCAAAACAGUCCUUUUGCUUCUAAGUUUAAUAUUUUGGGUAAGUGUUUGGUCGACAUUCUGUUGCUCCUUUGAUUUCUGUGUUGACUUCUUUCCACUGCUCUUAACAGCUACCUAACUUCGUCUAUGGUGAGCAGUUGUUGAUGAAAUGAAACUACUGGUUGGGCAAUGGGCAUGGUAGGUUGUUGAUUGUUAUAGCCUGUACGGUUUCUAAUAUCGAUUUCAAAUCGUGAUAAAUAAUGUUCGUGACUUAUUGAACAUUACCAAAAGGUUAGAGGCAGGAAUCAUUGUUCUUGGUUUGUAUUUAUGCUUAAAUUUCAACAUCACCUUACUCGCAGUACACUCAUUCUCAAACGUCUCUGAAGUGGACCUACUUCCAUGUGCAUACAGCGUGGUCUCAAAGACUAGACGUAGGACAUUUAUAUCCGGGACAGCCAAAUUAGUAUGAUAUGUUACAUUUGGUAUGGAUACAUAAGACAGAUGGUUACUUAAGGCAAAAACGAUAGUAGGGUAGUUGGUUGAUGGGUGGGUGUAUAUAACGGAAACGUCUAGCAACCCAAAGGCUGUGAGUUCUAAUCUCAUCACGGACAACUUUAGCAUUUUAGCUAAUGAGCAACUUUACAACUACUUAGCAUGUUAGCUAACCCUAACGCUAACCCUAACCUUUAACCUAACUCCUAAAAUGAACCCCUAGCCUAGCUAAUGUUAACCAGCUAGCAAACGUUAGCCACUUAGCUAGAAUUCAUAACAUAUAGUCAGUUUUGCAUAUAGUACGUUUUGCAAAUGCGGAAACAUAUUGUACGUUUUGCAAAUGUGUAACAUAAAAUGUGAAUUGUAAUUCGUAAAAUCAAAUGAAAUGGGUGAUAGACAUCCACAAAUUAAUACAUACCAUACUAAAUGGAGUGUCCUGAUUUAUGUACAGAAUAUUACGAAAUCCUUUGAGACGAGGUUGAUCAAAAAUGCACAUAAAAGUGACACCACCAACACCACAUUUGUCAAUUGGAGAUUAAUCCAGGGAUGGACUAGCUAGGGGAGUUCUGGCAAAUGCCAGAUGGGCAGGUCCAUCUUUAGCCAAGUGGGCCUGUCUAAAUUGUAUUUGUUAUUUUAAUGAAGAAUUACCAUUUAUUUGGCUAAUAAUGAUGCUUCAAGGAAAAAAAUUGACCGGUAUGGGGGCCUCAAGGAAAAAAAUGGGCCUGUGUGUUAGAAAAAAUGACAAACAAAUUUGAAAUAAGAAGGAAUUGGAAAAGAGUUACAACCCUGUCUGUGUAUUCACCAGGGGAAAUAAACAUAGGUCUGUUUGUGGUCAAAGCCACAUAUAUUUUCUCUCUCUCUCUGAACAUAUGCUCUGUUGUUCAAAUGUAAUUCUAUACAAUUUCUAAAUCAGGAAAUGCAGCCAAUACAGGAGGUAAUCUGGUCGAAUGCUAGUUGGACGUUGACAAAAAAAUUAACAAAAUAACAAGAAAUCGAAACCAACAGUCUGUUUUUUGGGGCUCUUUUUAUUUUCUCACUCAUGAGGCACAAGAUCCAAGUUCCUGGAAUGAUUAGGAGGGGGGGUGUUCCACUCGGGGUGGGCUGGUGGUGGAUCUCGUGACUGAGGACUCAUUGUGAGAGAACCGGGUCAUGUGCUCUGGAGCCUCGAAUCGAAAGGAUUAUUAGGCAAUGAGCAGCUCACCACCUGAUCAAUGCAUUUGGCCAGCACCCUUGUGUCUGUAUCAUCAUGACAUAAAAGCAUGACCAACUUAAAAGGAUUGUUCACCCAAAUUACUAAAUUACAUAUUGGUUUCCUUAUUCUAAUAUCAGGAAUAUCCACAUGCAUUGGUUUUUGUGCCAUAAAUGCUAAAAGGUUAGCAUUUGGAGACAGUAGUCAGGUGAACAAAACCAAAGCAUGGAUUCCUGUCUUACCUUGUCCUUAUUUUUUAUUAUUUAACUGGGCAAGUCAGUUAAGAACAAAUUCUUAUUUACAAUGACGGCCUACCCCAGCCAAAUCCGGACGACGCUGGGCCAAUUGUGCGCCGCCCUAUGGGACUCCCAAUCACGGCCGGAUUGUGGUACAGCCUGGAAUCGAACCAGGGUCUGUAGUUAUGCCUCUAGCACUGAGAUGCAGUGCCUUAGACUGCUGCUCCACUCGGGAGCCCACUUCCUUACAGGGUAAGGAAACCAAUAUGUAAUUUGGAUGAAAUAUUAAUUUAAACUCUGAAUAAACCUCCAGUGGCGUUGAGAGAAAGAAAGGGAAGGAGAACUGCUAAAGGCAGUUACGAAUGGCAUUCUGAAUCCCUUCACGUUAUCAUCCAAACUUGUUUUUGACAAAUCUCUCUCUUUCGAAACCAUGUGCAAUAAUCACGUUUUCAAUGAUUUUACAGAGAUUAGUUCUAUAAGACCAGGGAAUUGAUUAUAUACACUGCAAUUCAUAGGACAAUACUGCAAUUGUAUGAGUUGGCCUCACCCAUGAUGCAUCCCAAUUUUCCACCCUUCUCCUAAAGUGUGCACUUGCGUACUUUCUGAAAUGGAUUUAACAAUGGUGGAAACUCCCUUUAGCCAAUGCUUAUACCAAUCCUAUGCACGUGCACAAUUUGGGCAAAGUGUGGAGAAUAGGCAACACAGCCUUGAUUAUCUGUAUAAAGUGCUCAUGUUGUUGUGUUCUUCAUUCUAGGCUGCGGGGGGUGCCCUUGCCUAUGUAGGCUCUUAUGUGAUCAAGAGCUACAACAACUUUGACAACUUCCUGGAGGAUAAGUACACGCUGAUCCCUGCAGCCAUCAUCAUAGCUGUGGGAGUGGUGAUGUUCGUCAUCGGGAUUGUGGGCUGCUGCGCCACCCUGAGAGAAUCCAAAGUGGGCCUUAGCUUUGUGAGUAUAAGCUUAAGACACGGUGGUGGUGGCUGGUGGGUGAUGGUGAAAGGAGAGACUGGUGGCGCAGCCAGCUAGGUCUGUCAUAAGAACACUGGUUGUGUGUCCCAAAUGGCACCCUAUGUCCUACAUAGGGAAUAGGGUGCCAUUUGGGAGGCAUUCACUGCAGGGUUGGGGUCAAUUCUAUUACAAUUCCAGUCAAUUCAGGAAGUAUGCUGAAAUUCCAAUUCUCUUCAAUGAGAAUACUUUUACAUUGUAAUUUUGUUUACUUUAGGAAUUGACUGGAAUUGAAUAGAAUUGACCCCCAACCCUGAUACACUGUACGGUCUGAGGAUCUUAGUGUUUGGUAAGUCCUGCUGCUGCGCCCCUUGUUCUCCUUCUCCUUGCUGACUAUUGUCUUUCCCUCUCUUUCCAGUUCCUGCUGAUCAUCCUGGCUAUCUUUGCAGCAGAGGUCGCUGCUCUAGUGUUUGGGUUCAUCUACCAAAGCAGGGUGAGUGAAUUCCACAUUUGUCUAAUAGGUUACAAUGAAAUAAUAUACUACGUAUUCAAUUUGUGCAGGUGCAUUACAUGUGUAGUAGAGUAUCAGUGCAAUAUUUGAAUAGACGUAGAUUUAUUUUGUUUUGUAUGCCUCAUCUUUACAGAUAAAAGGGGACUUGGAGCGGUCAAUGAGUGAUGUGUUCAUGAAGUAUGAUGGUGAGAACUCUGACACCCGGGCUGUGGAUUACUUGCAGUCUCAGGUCAGUAUCAUGCCAUCUCUGAGCGAGCAGGGGCUUACUAGGUUUGAAACCGAGAUUCUGAAUGUGCGAUUACUUCCUGUAAAUAGGCCAUUGAUGGUGGUCAGAGUCUUUGUUGCGGGCGUUACAGGAAGAAAUCACGUGUUCAGUCUCUCGAUUUUAAAACCUCUCUGGCGCUAGCAAGCACUGGUUGGCACCAAUAAUGUAUACACUAGAUUGCUGAUGCUAUCUAUGUAUUGGCUAAUGAGAGGCUUUGAAGACACAGGUCGGCUGUAUUGGUACUCCUCAGAAGGGGCAGUCCUCCAUAAGUAUAAGCAGGUUGGCAUUUAUUGAGAUGACUCAUGUACUCGAGGCAGCUCUGCAGAGUGGUCACUAGCUGGCACAGCCACAGUCAUAACAUCUGAUUUUAAACCUAACCUUAACCACACUGCUAACCCUAAUGCCUAACCUUACAAUUUUGAAUUUGCAGCUGGCCCAUCUAGUGGAAACCUCUGAGUUCUGCCUCCAGGGCAAGACCUGCUAGGAAUUAAUGGAAUUCUACUGUAUUUCAAUUAAACGUCUCAAGGACUAAUUUACAUGUAUUUAAGUAUUUUUUGUUGUUGACAGUAACACUAGUACACUCUAAAAAUGAUACUUUAUGGAAAAUGUUUUUAAAAUAUAUAUUUGUAUGUUUAGCUCUCAUAAUAUAAUUUAAAAGUAUGCAUUAAGGUGCCUGUAAUAAAAUAAAUGUGGCAAAAACGAAUGUAGACAUUAAUAAAUGUAUUUUAUAGCUUUUUUACAAUGGUGGGGGAGUACUAAAAUGGAGGUGCAGUGGCUUUAAAACAGUGCCUACUGUAUAAAUCAUUGGCUUGCGCAAAGAUUACAUGAUACAGGAAACUAGGCUUUUGCAAGCUUGGAGCUGAUUUAGGACCUAUAAAUAGGCCUACACAUGAACCACAUGAAGUCGCUAUGAAAUGAAACUACCAAACGUUGUUCUUCUCUCUGUAUACAGUUGCAGUGUUGUGGAGUGCAGACCUACCUGAACUGGACCACCACCCCCUGGUUCAGCAGCAGGAACAACACUGUGCCCAUCUCCUGUUGUAAAGGGAACAACACUGAGUGUACAGGCAGACUGGACCAGCUAGACCUGCUCAAUACCCGGGUAUGGAUCAAUGCAGUAAACAUCUAACUAAUGCCACCUCUUAAGCUAACUAAACUCGCUGGGGAGACGUAGCCUUUAGGCAGAGAUCUAGGAUCAGUUUGCCCUCCCCAAAACCUUACUUUACAAAAAUAAAAAGCAUGACUGGAUUUAGAUCCGUUUUUGAUAGUCUGUCUUAUUCCUACCUUUUUUCUGUAUUUAUAUUUGAUAGUCCUUACACUCUGACUUGAACUUGUUUGUGUGUGUGUGUGUGUCCAGGGUUGUGAGGGUAAGCUGGAACAGCUCCUUCAGGAUGUGAUGAGUUAUGCCAUGCUGGUCAUCCUUGGAUUUGCCAUCAUCAAGGUACUGUACCUGGCAGUCCUCUGACUUAACAUUUCCAAUAUCAGACUUUGCACCGGUGUUUGGCCUAAAGCUGCAUGCUUUUGUGUUUCCACCUCUGAGGCCACCCCCCCCUCCCCCCACAAAAAAAUGGUAUUGGUCUGUGAAAGUCUUGGGGCCAGAAUGGGGAUAGUGGGACUUUUUUAGAGAUGCGUGAACCUACUUUAAUCUUUGGUGCCAGACAAUUUACUCUGUACUGAAUUUUACUGCAUUUCUUUGUCCUUUCCUUUCAGUUUUUCGGGAUGCUCAGUGUGUGCGUGAUCACAUGUAAAAGUGGCAGGCGAAGUGGCUACCAGCUCCUGCAUGCCUGAUCCUGCCUGAUCCUGCUGGCUUUAAGGAUACUUCCAAGGCUUGUCAUGCAAUAUCUCCUGGCCCCUGACUUCUCUCCCCUUUCCAGCACUGAGACCAUAGAGCCUUAGGACUUAUGUUCCCCACUCCAAGAUUUUAGCAUCCUUUCAGGAACAUUCUUACAGUUUUCAUUCAGCUUUCCUCUGCAGUUGUCAGCCCACCAAACUUUGGGCAAACCACUGCUAACAUUUGAAGCAUUGGAAACCACAAGAUGGCAUUUUUUAAAAGAUAGUUGCAAAUAGGAAUUACCACUCAAACUUUUAAACAAUGAAAUUGGUUUUGUAAUUUCCUACUGUACAUACUGAAAAAAUAAGAAAGGGUUUGCACAGUGAUAUAUCAGUAUAUGGGGUACACUCCAUUUAAAGAGGCAAUCUGGGACUCAAACAACAACAAAGUGGCUAACCCUGCAAUUACUUAGGUAAACAGCUGAGGGAUGGUGCUGGAGAAAUGUAACCAUUCUCA